CCAUAGGCAAGUCAACAAUCAAAGGAGAGGGACUUUAUUUUACAGGGUAAGGAGGAAAGCAGGAAGGGUUGUUUUGAAUGAAAGUCCAUCAGAGGAACGCAAGAAUUCAGGGUGUUGAUGGUUUCUCACUGGCUGAGUUGUUGGGGUCCUCGAUUUCUGUUUGGGAUAGGAUGCUCAUUUUCCUGUAAUUGACAGUUUUUUCCUAUUGACACCUUCUGUUGGGGUCUGUAAUUGAUGGGAGUGGUACUGCGUGGGAGCUCCCCCUUCUAGCCUCCUGACUCUGCUUUAAAUGAAGUUUACUUUUAUAAAUUUUCACAAGCACGGAUGAGACAAUUUCAGAGAGUGAUAAGCACUAUGAAAACGCUAGGACGGCCAGCAACCAGGUGCUGAGCAGAGCCGUGCUUGUAAACCAGCGACUCAGGCUCGCGCCUCGACCUGGUCCUGAUGGCUCAGGGCCCUUUAACACGGGGAGCAGGUCCUUCUGGGAACCGUAGUCCGUUGGGGCGGCAGCUUGGCUUCCGGACCACAGCUUCCGGACCACAGCUCCUGGCAGGCUGGCGGUAUGGAUCCGAUGGUGGUGGCUGCUGCUGCCGAGCGGAACAAGGAUCCCAUCCUGCGUGUGCUGCAGCAGUACGUGGACCCGGCCCAGUGUGGCCUCCGCGUGCUCGAGGUGGCCUCGGGCUCCGGCCAGCAUGUGGCCCACUUCGCGCGCUCCUUCCCCCAUGCCGAGUGGCAGCCGUCAGAUGUGGACCAGCGCUGCCUGAACAGCAUCUCAGCCACCACUCAGGCCCAGGGGCUGUCCAACGUGAAGACCCCGCUGUACCUGGAUGUGACCUGGGAUUGGGAGCAGUGGGGUGGGAUCCUGCCACAGUCGCUGGACCUGCUGCUCUGCAUCAACAUGAUCCACAUCAGCCCCCUGAACUGCACUGAGGGGCUCUUCAGAGCAGCAGGACACCUGCUCAAGCCCAAGGCACUGCUCAUCACCUACGGGCCCUUUGCCAUCAACGGGAAGGUCUCUCCCCAGAGUAACGUGGACUUUGAUCAGACCCUCAGAUGCAGGAACCCUGAGUGGGGGCUGCGGGAUACAGCCCUUCUGGAGGACCUGGGCCGGGCCAGCGGCCUGCUCCUGGAGAGGAUGGUGGACAUGCCAGCCAACAACAAAUGCCUGAUUUUCCAGAAAGAGUAACCCCUCCUUCUCCCACAUGCCUGUGUUCCCACUGAGGCCUCUUCUGGGACAGUGCCUGGGCUGGCCCGGUGGUGCAGCAGUUAAGUGUGCACGUUCUGCUUCUCAGCGGCCCGGGGUCUGCCCGUUGGGACAGUGCCAGACCUCUAGCCCCUGCCUCCCUGGGCCAGGGCAUGGGGACUGGCCCUGCCUAGCCUUGGGGCUCUUGGCCAGUGGCCACAGGGCUGCUGAAAGGCUGAGAAUAAAGCAUUUCCUGUUGCCCGUU